AUGGCAAAAGAAAACUACCAGUGUCACAACGACUUGGUUGAUAACAUGGAAGAGAUCAUACAGUUGACCUUAGGUCAAUUGACGCUAGGGAAACAUGACGGGACCGCGACGGCGAAAUCGAAUCCGCUUCUGACAUAUACACCGUCGGAUGAGAUGCCAAUCCAGGAAGUACAUAAUGAGGAUCUUCACAUCCUCUCUGCCAGCUUGAAGGGGUCCGAAAAACGAUGGCAGAGACUCUACUGCUGCAUCAAGAGCAUGGCACGAACGCCCGAUAGACUUGCCAAGCAAGAAGCUCUAAGGGAUAGGAAAGAGAAGGAGCUUGCUAAGGAAGAAGCUUUACGAAUUCGCGAACAGCAGAAGCAUGAUACGCAAGAAGCUUCAAGCGAUAGCGAACAGGAAAACGAUGCAACAAACUCCGGAAACAGCGAAACCAAGAAGUUGGCAAAGGUUGCAUUUCUUGUUAAACGAGGCGUACAGUACGACGAUUUGGAAGCAGAGGAAGCGAACCGCGGCUUGGUCUGGUCCCUCCGCAUCCCCACUCGCGAUGGGGUGGUUGCUAUCCACAACUUCUAUAACCACCCCGAUCGCAAACUCGACAUUGAAAAGCUCAUGGAUCUUUGCAUCGACGAAGAAGAAGCACACGUGUUGCUGGGAGACUCAAAUUUGCAUCAUCCGCGAUGGGGAGGUGAGAGCCUGACCAAAACCGAUGCAGAUGGCACCAGGCUAGUAAACCUGAUCGAUCUCUUGCACAUGAAAUGUAUGAACAUUCCAGGUGUCAAGACGUACGCGCGUGGGUCGCAUACCAGUGGCAAGUACACGAGCACGUUGGAUAUAGCCGUGGUCAGCCAAAACAUCGAGGACCGUUCUCACUACGAACUUUUGAUGGAUGUCUUCUCCAGCGAUCAUCAGCCGGAUCGGAGGAAGUACCUGCCGCCCUUCAUCAGCCAUUCGCCCGAGGUCGGAUCCGAAUUCGGACCCGACUAG